GCUGAGUGACGUAAGCUUCUAUACAAAAGUGACACCAGUCCAUUCGAAUGCUUCAUACUUCAAAAUGAAGCAGAACGUACGCGAUGGAAAAACCUUAUACAAAAUCUUACCUGCACGAUAUGUGUUGGUUUUCUUUAUAUUUUUGGUAUGUAUGGAGAUGUAUGCUCAUAGAGUCGUGCUAAACGUAGCUAUUGUGGCCAUGGUAAAUAAUUCGGCGAUCGAGAUGAGCGAAACUGAAAAUGCUCUAACUCACGAAUGCCCUGAUAGUGCUGAAAAUCAAAAUAUCACGUAUAAUUACAGAGAAGGAAAAUUCGUUUGGAGUCAACCCGAACAAGGAAUUAUUUUAGGAAGUUUCUAUUAUAGUUAUGUCAUUUUUCAGUUUUUGGGAGGUUCUGUCAUUCAUCUGUUAGGUGUCAAGCGCACUUACGUUAUUACUGUGUUUUUAUCGUCGGCGUUAUUAUCGAUAACACCAUUUAUAGCCGAACUUGGUAUAGCGGCCUUGUCAUGUCAGAGAGUUGUCUUAGGAGUGUUGCAUGCGCUGACGUUUCCAUCAGGAUUUACAUUACUUUCAAGAUGGUCUCCAGUUAACGAACGAAGUACAUUAAUGGCUAUUUGCGAGAGUGGAAAUUUGAUUGGUUCCACAAUUACUACUACAUUGUCUGGUUACUUGUGCGAAUAUGGUUUCUCGGGUGGUUGGCCUUCAGCAUUCUACGUCAUUGGUAUUUAUGGAUGUGUUUUGUCCCUCGGUUUGUUAUUUUUUGUAUAUGAUUAUCCGGAAGAAUUUUCCGGCAUUACUCAAAAAGAGAUUCUUCAUAUACGACAAAACUCGAACAAUAAUACUAAUAAUAUUAAGAAAAUUCCUUGGAAGAGUAUUUUAACAUCUGUACUAGUAUGGACGACGUGCAUUGUAAAAUUGUUGUUUCAUUGGGGUUUCUAUACCUUUCUAUUAAAACUACCAUCGUAUGUCGAGAAUGUUCUACAUUUCCCAAUACAGCAGAAUGGCUUAAUAAACGCAUUCAUGUAUUCAGCGAAUACGUUUGGCCUCAUUAUAUCUGGUUACUUAUCAGAUUUGUUUAUUAAACGUAAAUAUUUCAGCGUAACAAACGUCAGAAAAGGCUUCCAGACUCUUUCUAUUAUAGGAUCCAGUGCAUGCCUGAUAUGCAUUCCUCAAGUUGGAUGUCAUUCAACAAACGUCAUAAUAAUACUCGUCAUGACAACUGGCUUCAUGGGUCUUGUUGGUGGCGGUGACAACGCAAUCAUUCUGAACUUAGCACCUAAAUACACAGGGCCGUUGUUCGGAUUGACUAAUGGAAUGUCUGCAGUUCCUGGCUUCUUAUCGCCAUAUAUAGCUGGACUGUUCCUAGAUAAAAAUCAAGGAAGCAUGGUGCAAUGGAGUUACGUCUAUUAUCUCUCGGCGGGAUUUUGUUUAUUGGCGAUGAUCAUCUUCCUAGUUUUUGGCUCAGCCGAAUUGCAACCUUGGGCUGAUGAUUCGGACGAAGCAGAAGAAGUGAAAAACGUUGUCUCCGUACCAAAAUAGGGUGCUGCAAUGCCAAAUUUAUAAAUUUAUUUUUUUAUUAUUAAAUUUAAAGUAAUGAAAUUAGACAAUACUGUAUGAGAAUAUAAUAACGUAUUGUAAAUAAAAUUUAAUACAGUAGAGCAUCGAUUAUCCGACUCAAUUGGGGACUGGGGU